AUGUCAAACAAGGAACAAUACCAGAGUGAAGUCAGUCUGCAUACUGAGCAACCAUACCUAUGUGAAGAAUAUGACAAGUGUUUUACUGUGAAAGCCACACUGAAAACACACAUGAGAGUGCAUAUUGGUGAGCAACCAUAUCAAUGUAAAGAAUGCAACAAGUGUUUUACCAUGAAAGGCCACCUGAAAACACACAUGAGAGUGCAUACAGGUGAACGACCAUACCAAUGUAAUGAAUGUAACAAGCGCUUUACCAUGAAAAGUAGUCUGAACAGACACAUGAGAGUGCACACUGGUGAGAAACCAUACCAAUCUAAAGAUUGUGACAAGUCUUAUAAAAACAAAUGUAGCCUGAAAACACAUUCAAGAGUGCAUAGUGGUAAUCAACCAUACCAAUGUAAAAUUUGCGACAAGAUAUUUACCGUGAAAGCAACUCUGAAAAGACAUGUGAGAGUGCAUACUGAUGAGAAACCAUACCAAUGUAAAGAAUGCAACAAGUGGUUUACACAGAAAGGCCAUCUGAAAACACACAUGAGAGUGCAUACAGACUACCUGAAAAUACACAUGAGAGUGCAUACAGGUGAGCAACCAUAUCAAUGUAAAGAAUGCAACAAGUGUUUUACCCAGAAAGGCAGUCUGAAAACACACAUGAGAGUGCAUACUGGUGAGCAGCCAUACCAAUGUAAAGAAUGCAACAAGUGUUUUACCCGGAAAGGCCACCUGAAAACACACAUGAGAGUGCAUACAGUGCAUACUGGCGAGAAACCAUAUGAAUGUAUAGAAUGCAACAAGUGCUUUACCAUGAAAAGCAACCUGAAAACACACAUGAGAAAAGACUACCUGAAAAUACACAUGAGAGUGCAUACAGGUGAGCAACCAUACCAAUGUAAAGAAUGCAACAACUGUUUUACCUGGGAAAGCACUCUGAAAACACACACGAGAGUGCAUGCUGGUGAGCAACCAUACCGAUGCAAUCUGAAAAGACACACGAGAAAGGAUAUCGGCCAGCAGCCAUACAAAUGUAAACAAUGUGACAAGUCUUAUGAAACCAAAUGCAGCCUGAAAAAACACAUGGAAGUUCAUAUUGUUCAGCAACGUCACAGUAUCAGGAAGUUAGAAGAAACAAAGAUUGGUGGACAUGUACAUGUAUUCCGUGUAAUAUUUAUGUAG